GUCGCCUCAUUGGAGGAAUUACACUGCCGACUACGAGGGGUGCGAGCGUUCUGCAGUUGCAUUGGACUGUCGGACAUGGCAGCGGAAAAGCAGGUCCUUGUGCGUACCUUUCUCGUUCUCUCCUUCGUUUCCGUGGCGUCGAUUUCUGUCAUCUACUUCUUGUCUCUACGCCCAGUGGACAGUAAUGCUGCUGCUGCCCCUUCUCCUCCAGAGUCUGUCUGUUGGAAUGGCCCUGCUCUCUUUGAGUCGCACCCAGCGGUUCGACAAUCAACGCCAGCGGAACAGCAGCAGCAGCAGGAGGAGGACAUCUCUCUGCCGACCCACGAUUCUUCCUCUCCUGCCUCCUCUCCUUCGCUUGAUGAUGUGCCACAUGGCAGAGCCACCGGCGCUCUAGUCCAGAUAGUAGGGGUGGGAUGUCGGUCGUGUUAUGUGGGAUCCACAUGCAGCUUCGACGUAAGACUGUCCUCAGGGGCAUAUUGGCAAGACAGCGAGUUGACAAGGAGGAGAGAACUGAUGGUGAAGAUCGAUGGCCCUUCGCUCUUGGAAGGGGCGGCUCUUCCGGUUAUCUCCUCGGUCAGUGGAUUACAAUGGUCUGUUUCUUACACGCCUUUCGAUGCCGGCGUCUAUGUCGUCACUGUCUACGCUGAAUGUGCCAUCACGUCACAAGGAGAAAGGAACGGCUCUCUCUUCUUCUCCGAUCCGAUCGAAAAGAUGCACAACGAGUCUACGAACACCAUAGCCGAAUUCCGGCUGACUGUGUACGAGGAGCCCUCUCGGGAAGGGGGGGGGGCGUUGUGUCCCUGCGACGGAGGGAUCUAUGGUCGCUGGCUGCCCGCCAGUCCCCCAAACAAGGACAAUGAUCAUCACGUAAGCAAGAACAAUGACAAUGACAACGACAACGACAACGACAACGGCGAUGCUCACAAUGACGUCAACGUCAACGACGACGACGACGACGGGACGAGUGGUGGCUCGACGAACGGACACGUGGCAAGCUUUCGCUGGCAGUUCUUCGACUGCGCGAAGCAGGUAGAUGCUCUCGAGUUCGUGGCAGCGAUGGCGUCGAAAGGCAUCGGCGAGAUAUCGUUCGUCGGGGACUCGCAUAACCGCCGGCUAUACCACCACGUAUGUUUCUUGUUGACGGGCCACGUUAAUUCUUCGGAGCGGGUUGCUCAGAUUGAUCUGUCCCGCCACGUGUCCUUGGUGGGAGAAGGAGGUAGGAGGUCCAACCUGACUCUGCGCUUCCUCUUUGUCCCGGGCAUUUGGGACGGAAGCGGUGCGUACGGCUGUCCUCUCGACAGUUUCGGGCGAAGGAAGGAGCCCCCCAAUCUCCCAUCGACAGGGCUGUUCGUCUUCAACGCCGCUCAUUGGGAGUACGAGCUGUGCCUGGAACCGGAAAUGGCUUAUGCGAGGUACCUGCCCACAUACCUGGAAUGGGGGAGGAGGCUGGCAAAGCAAGAAGGAGCGAGGUUGGUGUGGAGAAGCACGACGCCCUUCAAUGUGAGGACAUGGGGGUGUAGUUGGGGGAUAUUUCCGCGUCAAAGGAAUUACACGGCGUGGAGGAGACGGGAAAAUGGACAGGGGGGGACGUAUCUGCCGCCCUUGGGACGAACGAACGCAGGAUUUAGAUUAGCUAACGAAUUUGCGAAGCGCGCCGCUGAUGUGGCCGGCUUUCAGUAUUACGACAGCUGGCAGGUGGAAGCUCCCUUUUACUUCGACUCAUCUUCCAAGGACUGUCAUUACUCGCAGGUCACCUCAGACGGACGGAUGCGGGGCAUAGUGGGAGAGGCAGUUGCGCGGGAUUUCAUGAGUUGGGCGGCAACGCGUAUGCGAUGAUGAUCUGUUGUGUGUGUGUGUGUGUGUGUGUGUGUGUGUGUGUGUGUGUUGGGGGGGAGGGGGGACGAAGGAAAGACGGAGAAGGGGGACGGGGAGGGGCAGGGGUGAGCGGGGCGGAGAACGGUGCAACUAAAGAAGACAGAAAAAAAAAGAAAAAAAAAGAUAAUGCCAGCUGGCUGAAAUGAAGUCUUUCACUUGCGGCGUAAAGCUUCCCCUAUGGCUUAUUUUCCCGUUGCUAUUGGUGGGAUACAGAGAAAGAGAAGAUUAGCAGCAUGGCCCUUGCGCUUUUAAGGAUGACACGCAUAUAAAUCGAGAAAUG